CAAACACAAACAACAGGCAUGGAGGAUGUGAGCCGCUAAAGCUUUACCAAUAAACUACUUUCGCAUGGUACAGAGCUCAAAAUAAAAAAAAGAUGAUACGGAGAUCAAGAAUUAGCGUGCGGCCCAAUGUGAAGCCCGCGGGUCGAGCUCUGACAGUUUCUCGAGAUGCGUCUCAAGAUAACACUCAGCCUUCCCUGACCCCUGCUGACUCCACCCCCUCUGUGGGGUUAGAUGUCAUGGCUGAGAUGGUCAAGACGGACCCCCCUAUAGUAGCGUCAGAGCAGACCAAUGAGGAAGCUGCUCAGAGUAAUAAACAAGGGAAACACUUGGAGGCUGCUAGCCAUGCAGAUGAUGUAGCAUGUAAAAUAAAUGAAUCCCAAGCUGCAAAAAGCACUUCCAUGACAUCUGGUCCACAGAGGAGGAAACGCUUCAUGGCUCUUCCCAACCUGGCAAAACCAAGAGCCUCCCAAGCUUCCACCAGGACUCCGAAGACUCAACCCAAGUCCCCUGUCAAACCCGUAACACCCAUUGAACCUGAAGCAUCAGCCCCCAAUACAGAGUUGACCCCUCAGCCACCCUUAGACAUCGAGUCUGUCCGCAGCCCCAGGGCCCCUGGAAGACUAAGAACUUCUGGAGGGGCCAGGCAGCCCAAAUCUCAAACCAAACCUGAAGCAUCACUGCAGAACAUCCGUGAGACAGAGACACAAGAGAUUGGAGCAUCAGAGGAUACUAUUGUGCAGUUGACCAGCCCGGAAGGGGAGUCCACUUGUCCCCUUAAAACAUCCCAACCUGAUUCUGUUUUGGUUCAUGAAGACCCUCCAGACUGUCCAGCUCCUUGUGCAGUGGAAGACAAGGCCAGACAAGAGGAGAGUAAUUCUGGGGUUGCCCUGGAGCAAAGGGAACCUGACCUGUUAGUAGAAAGACUUUCAGAAAAUAAAUCGUCUUCUAAGAUUCUCAGGUCUUUAAAAACUCUAAAUGACCCGGCGGACAUGAUCAGGUUGGCCAGGGCUCGGAAACUUAGAGAGCUUCUUAAAAAAGAGAUGAGCAGAACCAAGGGAGAAAAGAAGAAGCCCAAGAUGGGAAUCAAAGAACGCAAGGCACGGAAGGAUCACACCAAAAUGACCAUGAGAGAACUGAUCUAUUACCUGCCUGCUUCCAACCCAAUGAAGCCUUUGACAGAAGAGGAGCAAAAAGCAUCAGAGAUAGUAGUACCAAACUCUCCUAAACCGACUUCUUCUGAGACUGCAGAUGAUCCACCAGUUCAAGAGGAGGUUGCUGGAGAUGCUGGUCAUGAGGAGGAAGUGGAGGAGACAGAGACAGUGGAUGAAACUCAGCCAGAGGGAGAAGAGCCUCUACUGGUGCCCAGGGUGAAAGUGGCAGAGGAUGGGUCUCUGAUUAUAGACGAGGAGAGUUUAACAGUCCAGGUUUUAAGGGCAAAAGGACCCAAUCCAGCUGAAGACAGGGAUCCAAUAUUUGAACGUGGCUCCACCACCACCUACUCCAGCUUCAGGAAGGGCUCCUACACCAAACCCUGGUCUAAUGGAGAGACAGAAAUGUUCUAUCUGGCCAUCAGCAUGGUGGGGACAGACUUCUCCAUGAUUGGUCAAUUGUUUCCGCACAGAGCUCGCAUGGAGAUUAAGAACAAGUUCAAAAAAGAGGAGAGAAAUAACUCAUGGAGGGUAGACAAAGCUUUCAAGGAGAAGCGACGUUUGGAUGUAGAGUUCUUCAAAAACAUGAUGGAGCAGAUCAUAAAAAAUGAGAAAAUGAAGAAAAAGAACAACAAAACACUCAACCCAAGGUCAACCCAAAGGAAACCAAGAGUGGCUAAAAGAAAGGAUUUGGACACUUCAGAGGAUUCUGACAGUGAUGUGGAGACUGGAGAAAAAGAGAAUGAAGACCUCUCAAAUGAUGGAGGAAGUGAUGGCACUCCAAAGAAAGGCAAGGGGGAAAAAUCAUUGAAGAGGAGAAUAAAAAAUAACAAUGCUGCAGUGGAUGACCCUGAAGAAAAUUUGGCUUCUGACAGUCAGUCACCAGAUGACAGCAGGUUAAAGGAGUCUGAUUCAUCAGAGAACAUAAGCAAGAGUCCUGCCAUUAAACCGGCCCAGCUCACGGGUCGACAACAGAGACCCAUACCGAACCUUAGCCACAGGUGGGGGAAAAGGUGCCCUGAAAGAGGUGCCUCAGCCAGGGAGGUGACCACGAUUCAAGAAAGGGAAAGGUCACUGUCCGCUCUUCUCCAUGAUUUGGAAGACUUGGAAGAAGAACCUGACCUCAGUACUGUACAAGAACAGAUAUUCAAUAAACCAACCAGGUCGGGACGGAUCCCUAAACUCUCUCAGCAUGUGAUACAGGCAACGGCAGAGGAAGAAGACGACGAGGAAGAACUCUUAGAUCUGCCUGUAUCUUCCAAAGUUCGUGGUCAAGGCCUUCAGGCUUCCAGCCAGAGGGCCACAUUAAAACGGGGCCCAAGCUUGAAAAAGGGCAUGCAGAGGAGGGGGAAAUCAAGACUGGUGACCCUACGGGCCUUUGGAACUGAAGUGGGUGAGGAGGAAGAAGAUGGUGUUAUCCUGAGCCAGGAGGACUUUCCAUCAAACCCUGAAGACGAAAACCAGGCCUUUGUGCCAAUGAGUCUUCGCCAACCACCCGAAGUUAAUUCAGAAGUGGUAGAAACCAUGGAAGAGCUGGACAUCUCUGUGAACGUGCCUGAUAUCCUGGGCACAUCGCAGAAUGCUUUGUGCCAUGAGUUGUCAUGUGAGCAGUCUGUAAUGCCUGCUGGUUCUGUCCCUUGUGAACAUCAACUGGAUCUGCUCAUUGAUGUCAUUGAGUUCCUUGACCCAGAUCACAUGGAAGUGUGUAAGGAGAUUAACAACGAGGCAGCCCAAACUCUUUUGGCCAUCGGGAACUCUGGUCAGAUUAUCCAGGCAGUAGAAAUAACCUGCACAGGUGAAAACGAAAUGGUUGAGCAGUCAUCAAGCCUUGUCGAUGAGGAAGUCGUCCAACAGGAAGUAGUUGUCACAGACACUGUUGUCGAGCUCAGAGCUGAUGCUUCAGAAAUUAUGUUGGGCCCGUCUAUAAGUUGCGAAUCAGAAACAAAAGGUGAUCUUGACCUUUCCACAUCUGGGAAUAGUAUGCCAGAACCUUCUGUAGAGGACACCAUCUCAAUACAGGAGCCAAUCAAAUCACAGACAUCUGAUGCUCUUCAUGGUCCCAGCCAACAUGAUAUGCAGAACUUGGCUAGUUCCACCAGUGUUCCACCAUCUAGAAGGUGUCGUUUCUCUAAACCCAAACCCAAUAUUGGCCAAGGUUUGAGAAGCAGACGAGCACAGCAGCUGCAGCAAGUCACUCCAGUUAAUGUUACUGAUUCUUUGGAGAACUCUAGUGGUCCAUCUUCCAUGGAACAGAAUCAAAAUACAACAGAACCUAUACAAGAAGAUUCUGGCCCUGUGGAUCACUCGCAACAAGACUCUCCUACAGUCCACGCUGAGGUAAUACAGUCAGGUACAUUGUCUGAAACGAGAGAGGAAAGUUCCAAAGUUGUCCCUGAAAGAAUGGCUGAAGAUGAUAAUGGAUCCGUCUCAUCUCUGAAGAGAAAGAAUGAUGAUGUAGCCACAGAGGAAAGUGUGAAAAAAGAUAGAAAAGAACUUGAAGAGCCAAGGUCAGAACCACAGCUGACAAACAGUGUAUGUGUGUCUCGUGGCAUAUCAGAUGAGGCCUCUAAACCUGUCAGGAGGUUCCGUGGACCAAAACCUAAACCGAACUUGGCUCGUACAUCCAGACCCACAUGCACUCAGUCCCAACAGAGCACACUAUCAACAACAGUAGUUACAAAAGAGACACUGUCUGCUGUCGACUUUUCCACGAGCACUUUCACUGACACUAAAAUCCCUGAUGUUUCCCAAAAUAAAGUUCAACAAGAAAAAGAUGGACAGAAUGCCGAAUCUGUAGAGGAAAUCAAAGAUGUCCCUUUGCAAGUUGCUUCUGAAAUUGAGUCCAAAGAGAACACUGUGACCAUGUCGGAGGAAAACACUAUAAGAAUUUCAGUAAAACAUCCUGGAAGUGUAUCAGUGGACACAUAUGCUGACCCCGCCCCUGAUGAACCUGUCUUUAUACUCUCUCUCACUGAAAUCCCACCCUCAUUAGAAAAGGAGGUGGGCUUUGGGACUGAGCCCCUCACACCUACUGAUACUCAAAGCACUAAUGAAAUGGUGAAACAGAGCAGGGAAGUAUCUCAUCUUCUGAUCACAGAUGCUUUAGUUCCUGUGUCCGAGGAAGAGGAAAUAGAGACAAAAGGAGGUGGGGACGGGAACACAAUAGAGACAGGAGAAUUGAAAUGCAAGACACCAGUUUCAAGAUCUCAUGGGAUUGUCAAAGCAGAAAGCCAGGCAGAACAUCAUGUGGAAGUAUUGGAAAGGCCUGUUGCAGAGCGGAGUGUUGAAGAGAAGGAACAUCCGGAGAAGACAAAAAAAUUACCUGAGAGAUCCAGGAGAGCAAAGCUGCAAAUUAAACCCAACCCAGUUUCAAGGAGAAAUGCUCGAGGCGCCCAUGCUAAAGAGGACACACCAGAACUCUCUUUAAAAGAGACUACCUCACUUCUCAUUUCACAAGAGACAAUAUCAGUGCCAGAUAAAACUGUACAAGCUCCCAUUUCAACAACAUCAGCCAUCGCCUCAGACAGAGAGAUGGCCAGAGGUCUUUCAUCGUCCAUUGAUAAUCCAGCACUCCCAACACUGACUCCUCCUGAGUCUUCCACAGAUGUGAUUGAUUCACCUCAGCUUGUAAGUCAAGAAGAUACCUCUAAAGAGUGUGACCAGGAAGGCUCGUCCCAACACAUUAUGGGACAGUUGGACCUCCCGGGCAAAGUCACAGAUGAAUUUGCUGAGAUAGAGGCUAGUGGGUCAGGGACAGACUCACAAAGUGUCAAUCAAAUCACUCCUGUUGCAACAACUGGGGUACUUGCAAGACCUGGUAGAAGACCCAAAGGCUUCCUGUCCUUUAUUUCCUCCAAGAACACCCAAGGGCCACCUGCAGCUCCACGAGUGGCGAAGCCAGGCCCCCAGAAACCAACAGUCAACACUGCAUGCCUCGGGAAGAAACCAAUAGCGUCCAGCCCUCUUACCACGGCAACAAACCCUGGAGUUAACCAACCCUCACCAACUCCUACUUCGUCCAUUGCAUCUGCCAAUGAGCAGAACUCCGAGGAAGAACCCACCAGUGUCUCCAAGUACUUUUUCAGUGAUAUCUUUACUGAGGUUGAUGAACUAGAAGACAUGGAUUGAGGCCAGAGGUUGAAAGAAGGACCCAGACACAAUGAACCAACUAACCAGUCAAAAAUGUUGUAAAAUAUUGCCUAUUGUUUUGAACUAUCAGAAGGACCACACCCGAAGAGAUACAGCAAAAAUGCAUUGACACCUCAUGUCAAGGAUCAGACUUGCUCUUGGUUAAAGGACUCAAAACAUUAAUAGGGUCUAACAGAUUUAAUUUUAUGACAUUUUAAUUUUUAAGGAUAAUUUUAUUUUAAAGUAUUAAUUCAAAUUUUCUGAUGCAGUUGCACUGCACCCAAUGUUAGGUUGUAAAACUAUUCAUGUUUGAUCUCAGCAUAACUGUGAAUGGUGUUGUUUUUUUACUCAGUCACGAAUCAGCACCAAAUUUUCAUCUCUGGAAAUAUUGUAUUUGAUCAGUUCCUUUAUUGCUUUUUUUUUUUAACUUUAAAAAGCAGUUUUAAAACAAACCAACAUUUUAAUAAGCUUUGUACCAUGCUGUCUAUGCGCAUUACGUUUUUAGAUUGUUUCUGCCAUUUUGGCAGCAUUUUAUCAUGUAUGCGUUUUGCCAGCAAGUCUAACCUAUUAUUCAGUGUUAUACUUUCAUAUUUGUUCACAAAUGUUCACAAGCAAAUGUUUUUACCUAUGUAUUUGUAAAUAUGUGAAUAAAAUGUUGUAUUAUGUUGUAAAUAUUGCAUUGAAUAUUGUAUUUUUAUUACUGUAUAUCUAAUA